AUGGACAAGUUGAAGUGCCCGAGCUUCUUCAAGUGCAGAGGGAAGGAGAAAGUGACGGCUUCAUCUGAGAAUUUCCAUGUUGGUGAAAAUGAUGAGAAUCAGGACCGUGGUAACUGGUCCAAAAAAUCGGAUUAUCUUCUAUCUAUGGUUGGAUAUGCAGUGGGAUUGGGGAAUGUGUGGAGAUUCCCCUAUUUGACCUACAACAAUGGCGGAGGUGCCUUCUUGAUACCUUAUUCAAUCAUGCUGGCCCUCGCUGGUUUACCUCUGUUCUUCCUGGAGUGUUCAUUGGGACAAUUUGCUAGCUUAGGUCCAGUUUCGGUUUGGAGGAUUCUCCCAUUAUUUCAAGGUGUGGGAAUUACGAUGGUCCUGAUAUCCAUUUUUGUGACAAUCUAUUACAAUGUCAUAAUUGCCUAUAGUCUUUACUACAUGUUUGCUUCUUUCCAAAGUGAACUACCAUGGAAAAAUUGCUCAGAUUGGGCAGAUGAGAACUGUAGCAGGUCGCCUAUAGUUACUCAUUGUAAUGUCAGUACAAUUCCGGGGGAUAUUAUCCAAGUGAAUAAAAGCUGGGCAGACAUCCACAAUUUAAACUGCAUCAAUGGAAGUGAAAUUUAUCAGCCAGGACAGCUUCCCAGUGAACAAUAUUGGAAUAAGGUGGCGCUCCGGCGGUCAAGUGGAAUGGAUGAGACUGGAGAAAUUGUGUGGUAUUUAGCACUUUGUCUUCUUCUGGCUUGGCUCAUAGUUGGAGCAGCGCUAUUUAAAGGGAUCAAGUCUUCUGGCAAGGUGGUAUAUUUCACAGCCAUUUUCCCCUAUGUUGUCCUGCUCAUCCUUCUAAUCCGGGGCGCGACUCUGGAGGGUGCAUCGAAAGGCAUUUCUUACUAUAUUGGAGCACAGUCAAAUUUUACAAAACUUAGGGAAGCCGAGGUUUGGAAGGAUGCUGCCACUCAAAUAUUUUACUCCCUUUCAGUGGCUUGGGGUGGCUUAGUUGCUCUAUCAUCUUAUAAUAAGUUCAAUAACAACUGCUUCUCAGAUGCUAUUGUAGUUUGUUUGACAAACUGCCUCACUAGUGUGUUCGCUGGAUUUGCUAUUUUUUCUAUAUUGGGACACAUGGCUCAUAUAUCUGGAAAGGAAGUCUCUCAAGUCGUAAAAUCAGGUUUUGAUUUGGCAUUCAUUGCUUAUCCAGAAGCUCUAGCCCAACUCCCAUGGGGGCCAUUUUGGUCCAUAUUAUUUUUCUUCAUGCUUUUGACUUUGGGUCUCGACUCUCAGUUUGCAUCCAUUGAAACAAUUACAACAACAAUUCAAGAUUUAUUUCCCAAAGUGAUGAAGAAAAUGAGAGUUCCUAUAACUUUGGGUUGCUGCUUGGUUUUGUUUCUCCUUGGUCUCGUCUGUGUAACUCAGGCUGGAAUUUACUGGGUGCAUCUGAUUGACCACUUCUGUGCUGGAUGGGGCAUUUUGAUUGCGGCUAUACUGGAAAUAAUGGGGAUCAUCUGGAUUUAUGGCGGGAACAGAUUUAUUGAAGAUAUAGAAAUGAUGAUUGGUGCAAAAAGAUGGAUAUUCUGGCUAUGGUGGAGAGCCUGCUGGUUCGUCAUUACACCUCUUCUUCUGAUUGCAAUUUUGAUCUGGUCACUGGUGAAAUUUCAUAGGCCUGAGUAUGCCAAAAUUCCAUACCCUGACUGGGGAGUUGCUCUAGGCUGGUGUAUGAUUAUUUUCUGCAUUAUUUGGAUUCCAAUUAUGGCUGUCAUAAAAAUAAUUCAAGCUGAAGGAAAUAUCUUUCAACGCAUUGUAAACUGCUGCAGACCAGCUUCUAACUGGGGUCCAUACCUGGAACGACAUCGUGGGGAGAGAUAUAAAGAUAUGGUAGAUCCUAAAAAAGAGACUGACUAUGAAAUACCUACAGUUAGUGGCAACAGAAAACCAGAAUGAAAUCCAAUUUUUAAAAAUAUGUGGUCAUACAAUGUGAUUAUUUUAGAACAGAGGAAAAUUUUAUUUAUUUUUAUGUUAACUUAGUAGAAAAAUGUAUAUACCAUGCUCAUGAUAGUGUAAGCUUUCCCCCCCAAUUUAAGUAAGAAUGUAAUAUAAUGGGAAUCUACUAAUAUUUAACAAUGUGAUUAUUAUAUUUUUUAGAUUAUCUAUCUGUAUAACACACAUAUAGCUGUCUCUGUGUCACAGUAACACUUUUGUAAAUAUUACGUUAUUU